AUGGGCCUCCCCAAAAUAACCUGCGACUACCGCACUGACAAAUGUGGCUACUUGUACUGGUGACAUGUUCCCCUAGCUACUCGGCUCCAUAUUUUCCCGUAAACUCCAAGGUGAACUGUGUACACUAAAACCGGGAAAGCUGGGCAGCUGCCUGUGUCCAAGAUUUCCCCAGGUGGCAGCCGCCGGAAGACCGGAAUCUCCCUCUAUGAGCACAGGUGCACUCUGAGGAUUUACCAGUCCUUCACAGGGGCCAGCUGGGUUUAUUCUGAAGCAUGCAGGAGAACAACAUUGACCAGCCGUCGUCAUUGUCUCAGUUCUUACGAGAGAGCUACCUGGCAGAGGCAAGAGCCCAGCAGCGCCACAGCGAGAUGAGCCGCUCGGACGCUUCUUCCUCACGCCUUCAGAUCUACAGGUCACUCAAAGGCAAGGCUGAAGACUCUGUGGGCCACAGUGAUCCCCAAUUCCCAGACCUCUCGGCCUUCCUCAGCCAGGAGGAGCUGGAUAAGAGUGUGAACCUGGCCCGCCAGGCCAUCGGACAUGAGCCUCGGGAAGAGAGGGCUGAGGUCAUGGCCUCUGUCAAACCAUCAACCCCCUCCAACAUCUCCUCAGUCUCUUCCUCCAAACCCCCAUCUGUUCCCUUUGCUAACCCCUCUCCUGCUCUUUUUGCCACCCCCUCCACAGUGCCCUUCAGCCAGGCAGCCCCUGAACUCCAAGAACUGCUAGCAACACACACAACAACACUCGCAUCGGACGGAAAGAUGGACAAAGCAUCCUCACGGCAAGAAAACACAAGAGACUCCAGUGAGGGAUUCAACGACUUUGAAAGGUCGGCGAGGAAUGCCCCGUAUGGUCCAGAGACCCAGUCCAAGAAGGAGUUCCUCAACAAGGCAGCAGACUUCAUUGAGGAGCUCUCCGCUCUUUUCAAGGCCAACAGCUCCAAACGGGUACGACCGAGAGGGUGCAAAUCCCACAGGACAAGGAACCAGAACAAGAGCCAGAACGAUGGGACAGCGUAUCCCCUCGGCCCAGACAACAGGGAGCGCUCUGCCAUGCCUGUGGACGUGGAGAAGGAGAGACACCCUGCAGUAAGCCACCAACCACAGGCCCAGCUGGACUCUGGGAUUGGGCAUGUGGGGUUUCAGGACAGUAGGAUUACUGAGCAGCAGUACGACUGUGUUUCCCAGGAGGCGGAGGAGGAGGCUGAAAGCUGUGCCCUGACAGACACUCCAUACCCAGCAGAGCCUGCGUGUGAGCCUCCUUGUUUCAUCCAGAAACUGAAAAGCAGGGAGGUUCCAGAGGGCAGCAAGGUCCAAUUGGACUGCGUUGUAAGAGGACUCCCUGUGCCUGAAGUCCGGUGGUUCUGUGAGGGCAAGGAGCUGGAGAACAGCCCUGACAUUCAGAUCAUCACCAACGGCGAGCUGCACUCCCUGAUCAUCGCAGAGGCCUUCGAGGAAGAUACUGGACGCUACUCUUGCUUCGCAUCUAAUUUCUAUGGCACUGACUCCACGUCAGCUGAGAUCUAUGUCGAAGGUGCCUCCUCUUCGGAUUCUGAUGGGGAACAGCACAUUGAACAUGUAGCCCAGUUGCAGAGGAAAUCUUUACCUCCAACAUCGAGCCAAACUCUCUCUGGAGAAGAGGAAGACUCUCCGUCACCCCUACCUGCAGCAGCCACCGAGGAGCCAGCGGAUAAGCUCUCUGCAUCGACUAACCAAAUAAUCCCAGAUCCUCUUCUACUUGCCCGGACAUUAGCCACCAUACUUCCAGCCCCUGAGCCCUCUCAAACAUCCGUGGCAUCCACAGCACCCCCUGCUCAGGAGGAGGCAACAGUGUCACCUGUGCAGGUGUUUCCUACGUUAACACCAGGCGAUACAGAACUUUCAGAAGCCCGGGAGGUGUCAACAUCUGUCACAUCCACUCUGCUUCCGGUGCAGACAGCUGCAGCCAUAGCUACAUCACUGCCUCUAAACUCAGUGGUCUCCUCUGCGCUGCCUGUCCUGUCAGCCCCAACACAAACACCCCAACCCGAGAGUCAAACCUCCAACCACAACUAUCCGGACUAUCCACAAGGGUUGAACGGCCAACCUAUCAUGGCUGCCCCUGUAUUCACAAAGAGCCUGCAAGACCUCCUUGUGUCAGAAGGCCAGCUGGUGGUGCUAGAGUGCCGCGUGAAAGGGGUGCCAUCACCUCAAGUGGACUGGUCCAGAGAGGGAAAAAUCAUUGAGGACUCUCCUGAUUUCAGGAUCCUGCAGAAAAAGGAAAUAUGCACUCUGGUCAUUGCUGAGGUCUUUCCUGAAGAUUCGGGGAUGUUUACUUGCACAGCAAGCAACAUGUAUGGAACCGUGUCCAGCACUGCUACAAUUAGGGUCAAAGGCAAUGGCAGCAACAGCCACCACGUGAGGCCUUUCAGCAGUUUGACAGUGGAGCCCAAUCGAAUCCAAGAACCUUCAUCAGCUCCCACUGUGAACCCCCAACCGGGGGUUACUGUGACCAGCAGCGUCAAGCCCCACUCCAGCACCAUUCGCCUAGAGCCGCUCGUCUCUAGCACCUUACGCUUGGACCCCUUGAACACCAGCACCCUCCGUCUGGACCCAAAUGGCUCCAGCAUGUUGCGUCCAGACCCCCUCCGCACCAGUCUACCAAGUCUGGUACCCUCCAGCCUGAGCAUCAGCAGCUCCUGCUUCAAUUCUAGCAGCACCAGCUCCCCGACCUUAGAUCCUAUCUACCUCCACCAGAACUCUUCUGGAUCCAGUGGAGCACGUCUAGAACCACCAAGCGGCACACAGGUGCUCUCAUACCCAAAACCCUUCACUUCUCAACUUGUGGUUGUGACUUCAGCUGAGCAGACAAUGUCCACACCUUCAAUGGCAUCGCCCGACACAAGCCCAAAAGUUAAGAGCACCCCAAACCAUCAGAAUGGGAGUCUCAUUGUGGUGCCUCUCCCUGAUCCUCCUCCUAACUCCUGCCUAAAAACAGGCGCCCAAACAAACCACAAAGUGUCACGCAUCGGCUCCAGAGUCGGCUUGCGUGUGCACUUCAAACUGCCUGAGGAUGAGGAGGAUGUACAAAGUGACGCUUCCAGUCAAUUUGAUGAAGACCCCAGCAUGGCAGUCAACAAAGAACCACCACCAGUGCUGGCUAAACCUAAACUGGACCCAGCCCAGCUCCAGCUUCUGCACAACCAGGUCCUCAUGGAGCAGCAGCAGGACCCUGAGCCUCAGACUCAAACCCACACCCACACCCAGCCCCAGCCCCAGCCCCAGCCCCAGCCCCAUCCCCAGUUCCAGUCCCAGUCCCAGCCACAGCCACAGCCCCAAUUCCAGCCACAGCCCCAAUUCCAGGCCCAGAUCAGGCCUGAGGUCCAAAGUACCAAUGAAGCGCCGCUGUGGUCACCCAGAAUACAACGUGAACCCCUCCCCCCACCGUUCCAGCCCUACCUGAACACCACGGCGCCCCUGCGGCAAACGGCCCCCUCUGCACCCCCAAUGACCAACGCUCCCCUUGCUCCCUCUCUGAGUUCAGCUCCAGCUCUCAACGCCGUCUUUUCACCUCGUCUUAACACUUCUCCUUUGAGCUUGUCUUCUUCGAUUCCUCAGCUAAAGACUUCCUCCCUGGUGACCUCCCCUCCACCUGACCCACAGCUGAAAACAGCUCCUCCUCUUAGUAUAGCUCCUGUAACCCAGAUGAACACCAUCCAUGCCUCCCAUCUCAACCUGUCCCCUGCAGCUCUGGCCAGGACUGCACCUACACCCCAAUUUUACUCUCCACCCGCACCAAAACUUAGCACAGCCCUUGCAGAUCCAACCUCAGCCUCACAGCAGAUCACAUCUCCUGCUCCUCUGCUGAGAAGCACCCACGCCUCCCUCAUGAACCUUACCGCCACCUCCCACACCUUCAACUACACCCGGCCUAAAGAGUUCAUAGCUGCGCAGGCCUUCUCGCCAGUCAGGAGUCUUUCCCCAACCGAAUCCCCAGUCCCUCUGCUCCAAGAGUUGGCCGCUGAGCUCCACUCCUCUGCAGCCAGCUCUCCUACUCUCCCACCAUUCUCCCCGCCACCCAGGACCUUCCCAACCAGGGUGCUUAAGUCUCCCACCAGCCCUCCUUCCCUCGUGUCCUCUCCCACACUGGUGUCCGCGCCAUUCCUGAACAGCAUGUGCGCCAUUCGAGCCCAGUCGCCUCCCCAGGCCUCCUCUCCCACCUCCAGCAGCUCCACGCCCAGCCCCAUUCAAAACCCGGUGGCGUUCCUAAGCUCUGUCCUGCCGUCCCUGACCCCGAGUCAGCCCACCAACUCAAUGGGCCUGCCCAAGGGAGCUCCUUUAAGGCUAAAAAAGAACGUACCAAAGGCGCGCCUCCCGUCAACUGAAGACGUUCGAGGAAGCAGAGAAAUUCUCCUCCAAGACAUUGAAAAAAAGCUUCGCUGGAAAGAUGAUACUGCACAGUUUGCACAUCAGCAGAAGCUGAGUAAUGAGGGGGAAACAGUGAGCAGACCCCCUGGACCAAACAUUCCUGCUACUGUCAUUAACUAUGAUGAGGAGUACAAGGUGUCCAAUUUUGAGCAGAGAUUAAUGAGUGAGAUCGAAUUCCGUUUGGAGCGUACGCCGGUGGAGGAGUCGGACGAUGAGGUGCAGCACGAUGACGUCCCUACAGGAAGAUGUAUCGCACCCAUAUUUGACAAGAAGCUGAAGAACUUCAGAGCCAUGGAAGGCGUGCCCGUCACUUUCUCAUGUAAAGUAGUGGGAAUCCCUUUUCCAAAGGUUUACUGGUUCAAGGAUGGCAAGCAGGUCCUGAGGAAGAACAUCCAUUACAGGAAGAUAAGAGAGGGGGAUGGGACCUGUGCUCUACAUAUAGAGUCCACGACCAAUGACGACGAUGGCAACUACACCGUCAUGGCAGCUAAUCCACAGGGACGUAUCAGCUGCUCGGGUCAUUUGAUAGUCCAAACGGGACCUCCCCGAAAGACACCCAUUCACUCUCAGAGGGUGCGAGCCCGCAUACAGGAAGUUGAAAGUGAACAAACGGAAGAGCGUUUUUUUCGGCCUCACUUCCUCCAGGCUCCGGGGGACAUGAUGGGUCAUGAGGGAAAACUGUGUAGACUAGACUGUAAGGUGAGCGGCCUCCCCAACCCAGAGCUGAUGUGGUUGGUCAGCGGAAGGCCAAUCUAUCCAGACCUUUACCACAAGAUGUUGGUGCGGGAGAAUGGCAUCCAUUCUCUGGUCAUUGAUCCUCUGACCCAGAAUGACGCCGGCACAUACACGUGCAUUGCAAGCAACAAAGCAGGGCAGAGCUCCUUUAGUCUAGAGCUGAAUGUUGUGGAGAAAGAGAUGAAGCAUCCUCCCCAGUUUCUGGAGAAGCUGCAGAACAUGGGUAUUCCUGAGGGGUCUCCAGUCAGGCUGGAGUGUCGGGUGGUGGGUAUGCCCCCUCCAGUCAUCUUCUGGAAGAAAGACAAUGACACCAUUCCUAAAACGAAGGACAGAAUCAGCAUGACCCAUGAUGCAACAGGAUAUGUGUGUCUCCUUAUCCAUCCAACAACAAAGGACGAUGCUGGCUGGUACACAGUUUCAGCUAAAAACGAAGCUGGAAUUGUAUCCUGCACCUGCAGGCUUGAUAUCUAUGCACAGUGGCAUCAGAGCAUCCCUGCACCCAUGAAAAAGGCUGCACGCACAGGCAGCCGCUAUGCAGCUCUGACGGGCCAGGGCCUCGACAUCAAGUCAGCUUUCCCCACGUCGGAGACCAACCCCAUCCUGUUCUCCAGCUCCCCUCCUGAGGUCAUGCUGGAGAGUGAGGAGCUGUGAAACGGCAGCAGGGGGACAGUCCGAGUUCCCCGGCACACACUAAGGCUUCCCUGAGGUCCAAACAGUAAAGGGAUAAAAGGGGAAAAACGAUCUGAGCCGAUUGCCAUGUGAAUUGUGUGAUGCUAUUGAAGUGAUACACUCAGAGUAGAAUGGCAAAGAGUUAUUGUG